AUGGCUGCAACAGAUCCUAAAACUCACAAGUUUUGGGGUCGAAACGUGCGUCCUUUCGACUAUGCUGAAUGGGAGCGUCGUCGUGAAGAGAUCGUGCUUACGGGGUCGUAUGCCAAAUUUGCUCAAAACCAUGGCAUUCAACAUCAUCUACUGGAGACGGGUACCCGCCUCCUUGCAGAAGCCAGCCCCUUCGAUCGUGUUUGGGGUAUCGUCAUGUCUGCAUGCUUUCCAGAUGCUAGCGAUCCAUCCAAGUGGGCGGCGAGCGAGAUCGUGCUUACGGGGUCGUAUGCCAAAUUUGCUCAAAACCAUGGCAUUCAACAUCAUCUACUGGAGACGGGUACCCGCCUCCUUGCAGAAGCCAGCCCCUUCGAUCGUGUUUGGGGUAUCGUCAUGUCUGCAUGCUUUCCAGAUGCUAGCGAUCCAUCCAAGUGGGCGGCGAGCGGUAAAAACUUGUUGGGAAAAGCUUUGAUGGAAGUUCGACGCCUUUUGCGUGAUCAUCCCCUGUCUGCCGAAGAUUUCCCCGCUUCCAAUUCUCCCACGACGCCCAUUUCGCAGCCUCCUCUCCAUGGACAUCGACGCAUCCAUGAGGUUGCUACUGAUACAGGGAGCUCGGGAAUUUCUUUGGGGCCGGAGCCUGCACUCGUUGAGUACAACCUCAAACUGUCUCCAGGGAAGGCUCGCGUCGGCGCCACGCACGCCAACUUUCUCCGUCACAACAUCUCUCCGGCAGGUGCUAUCCCUGAUGGCGUUAAGUCUAGGGCGCUCACGCACAUGCCGUCGCCGACGAAUGUUAGGCAGCUUCGGAGCCGUCUCGGUGGACUCAGCUACUACCGGAAAUUUCUCAAGAAUCUCGCCACCAAGGUGCGGCCUCUCAACUCUCUACUCAAACAAGGCGUCCCCUUCAAGUACACCCCGGGCAUGGUCAAGGCUGGUGGCGUUGUUUGGGCCAUCAAACGCCUUCGGGGUUAUCGGUGGUCGACCAAGUUCAUCAUCUAUUCGGACCACAAAGCCUUGGAGAGCAUUGGCAAGGUUGGGGAACACAACGCUAGGGUGCAACGAUGGCUCGAAUUCCUGUCCAACUUCACCUACACCCUGAAAUAUCGGAAAGGUUCGGCAAACGGCAACGCGGAUUAUCUUUCGCGGUUGCCUUUACCAGCACAAGACACGGACAAAACCGGCCCCGACUGCAUUGAUGGUGUCGAUCAAGCGGGUGUUUUCCUCAUUCGGGCUUGCGGGCGCAACAAUCACUCGUCGUCUACAUCGGAGGUCGGGGCCUGGUACGGUCGUCGGCGUCGACUUCUUCGGACCUCUGUCAGUGACUGCCAAGGGCAACUCCUACACUUUGUAGUUCACAACCGUUUCAGUCGGAGAGCCGACAUGUUCGCAGUUACAGCGGCGGAAUUUACGGCGAGAGGGACGGCUCACAUCUUCGUCAACCAAUACAUGACCAAGUGGGGAUGUCCGACUAUCUACGAGGUGAUGAAAAUCAAGAAGGUCACCACCAGCUCCUACCACCCACAGACCAACGGCGGCACGGAACGCGUCAACCACACGAUGGCCCAGAUGCUUGCGGUGGUGUACAACACGGCUGCUACAAUUCGACAUGGUGUGCAGAAGGACACGGACCAACAGGUGCUCAAGGCCAAAUUCGCACUUUCCUGGACGGGACCCUACAAAGUUCUUGCGGUGGAUCCUACCUCUGCCGACGCCACUCCGGACGGCCGCCCGUUGGCGCGUAAACUCCUAUACCUAGACCUGCCUUCCGAUCUUUCCGGCCCGGCAGCUCGUAGUCAUGUGUUUGUCCUUCGUUGCAAGCCCUGUCGCAAUCCGUACGAGACGGACGACUUGCCUCGCGUUAUGUUCUGCACUCUUUCGGAGAUAAAUGUCCACCUUUCUUUCCACGUCGCCGCGGAUGAUGUGUCGGUGCCUAUCGGGCGCCUCGAGGUCGACUUCAUCUGGGGACAUCAACUGGUGCGGGGUCGUAGCGGCGUUCUCGCUGUCCUGUACNACGCCACUCCGGACGGCCGCCCGUUGGCGCGUAAACUCCUAUACCUAGACCUGCCUUCCGAUCUUUCCGGCCCGGCAGCUCGUAGUCAUGUGUUUGUCCUUCGUUGCAAGCCCUGUCGCAAUCCGUACGAGACGGACGACUUGCCUCGCGUUAUGUUCUGCACUCUUUCGGAGAUAAAUGUCCACCUUUCUUUCCACGUCGCCGCGGAUGAUGUGUCGGUGCCUAUCGGGCGCCUCGAGGUCGACUUCAUCUGGGGACAUCAACUGGUGCGGGGUCGUAGCGGCGUUCUCGCUGUCCUGUACCAGACGCAUUGGGUAGGCCUGACUACUCUGACCUUGAUCAAUUCCGUCAACAUAUUCUCUUGUAAUGGUCCCGGGAGGCUUGCCAAAGCAAGCAGGGUAAUCGUACAUAUCGAGUGGCUCGCACUCGCGCGGCACAGCGGGAGCUAG